UUUAUUUGUAAAAAAAUAAGAAAAAAUAUUAUGGAAAUUUAAAAAUCAAAAGCAAAGCAAUUAAAAUCCAAAGAAAUUAGGGUAAACAAGCAACAAAUGAUUUUAAAACAAAGCCAACGUGCAACUUCAUCAACGAAAAGAAAAGAAACAACAUUCCAUGUGCCAAUUAACUGCCAUCCAGAUAAAAGGCAAAACAAGAAAAUAUUCACCACCAAGUUUCUUGCUCCACCACACACACCAGCAGCAUCAUCCCCCAUACCAAAGAUCUCUGAAAACUGCUGCUGCUCCUCCCAUAGCAACAUUCCGUUCAGCACCAAACCGAGAAGAUGAUGAUGGCAACGAAGACAACAACGAUGACGAAGAGGCUGAUAAAAACAAAGCAUUCUUUUUAUAGCGAUCUAUGUUGCAGUCAAGUCUUGGCAAUUAGUUCCAUAUCCUGCCUUUUCCCAUGCAUGAGGCCUUCUACGUUCAUCAAGCGUUUCAGCAACUUCAAACGCCAUUCAGCAUUAGUGUCCAUAGUUGCAAUUCUAUUUUUGUUUACCUUACAAAUUGACCUGAUUCGUGGAGCAUUUGAGGAUGUCAACAACAAUAAGGUAAAAAUGACCAAACGCAGCCUGGAGUUAACGCAAACGAUCAAUAUGCAAAGGCAGGAGUAUUUGCAAAAACAAUGCGAUACACUGGGUUAUAGCCAGCAGGAUUUGAAUGAUUUGACAGAUGAACAAAUGGAACACAUGAUUGUGGAUAAGGAACUGAAAUUCUUAUACUGUUAUGUACCAAAGGUAGCCUGCACAAAUUGGAAACGAGUUUUAAUGCUAUUGAAAGGCCUCUGGCAAAAUGGUACAGAUCCUUUGCAGAUACCCGGAUAUCUGGCACAUUCAGAGGGCAUGUUCAAAAAAUUCAAUAGCCUGGAUGAUUCGGAAAAACAACAAGUUAUGUCUGAGUAUACACGCUUCAUUUUUGUGCGCCAUCCUUUCGAAAGACUUCUAUCGGCAUACCGCAAUAAACUGGAGGGAGAGGCUCCCAGUUCACGCUAUUUCCAACAAAGAGUGGGUAGGCAAAUAGUCAAGGGUAUACGUGUGGAUCCCAGCAAUCAUUCCCUGGAGUAUGGUGAUGAUGUGACGUUUGGAGAAUUCGUUCAGUAUCUGUUGACGCCUUCGCUUAGUCUCAGAAACCAGUCUUCCUACAAUGAACAUUGGGAGACAAUAUCGAAGCUGUGUAAUCCCUGUGUAAUGAAAUACAAUGUGAUAGGCAAAUAUGAAACACUUUUCGAUGACUCUGCCUUGGCUCUUUACUUAACCGGUGCUGAGAAUGUCACAUUUCCCUCCGGCCACAAACCUUCCAAUACUCGCGCCUUUUUGCGACAUUAUUUUGAUCCGUUGCCCAUAAGUGCCAUACGGCAUUUAUACGAAGUGUAUUCGGAUGAUUUCAAACUGUUCGAUUAUGGAUUGGAUGAUGUUUUGGGUUUUGAGUUUGGUUAAUAUGUUAGGCACAUUUUCUCAGUAAUCAGUUACACUGUAUGGUUUCGAUAGAAGUUAUGAGAAAGAUUACUACCUUUGUUAUGAGGAAGAUUCCCUUCUCAAUUUAAGCAUCUGACUAUGGGUUAGUAAUUUUGCCGAUAUCAUAUAACAUAACAGAAUAUUGAGAAAGUGUCCCGAUUAUGGAUUGAAUGAUGUUUUGGGUUUUGAGUUCGUUUAAUAUGUUAGGCACAUUUUCUCAGUAAUCAGUUAUACUGUAUGGUUUCGAUAAAAGUUAUGAGAAAGAUUACUUCUUUGGUAUGAGGAAGAUUCCCUUUCUCAAUUUAAGCAUCUUACUAUGGUUUAGUAACAUUUUGCCGAUAUCAUAUAAUAUAACAGAAUAUUGAGAAAGUGCCCAAAGGUCUAGUGAAAUAAUUGUGUAUAGUUUUUAUUAAGGACAACAAAGUUUAAUUUUCAAGCAAUAUUUUACACUUACAACAAAUAGUCUAUUGCCUUAGACUUUUCUCAAGUCCACAUAAAAUUUUAUAUUAUGUAAAAAUUGUUUAAUUGUAGAACACUGUUAACAUUAGUCAUAAGUCGCAUUUUAUUAUUGUAAGACAAACAAUUUAUGCCAAGACUUUGUUUAUAGCCAUCAUUUCCUAUAUAUACGUAGUUCUAGAGUAGUGAUAUACUAGGAUAUAAAUUAAUGUACAUAUUAUUAUUUUUUUAUUAAUGAACUUAUAAAAGUUCUACAAAUAUCCCUUAUACACACUACGACCAUUUCGAUAUAUAUUUUAUACAGGGUGACGCAAAAUUGAAUUCGAAUUUUUGUAAGUUUAAUAAUAA